ACUACCAACAACUACCCUUCCCCUCUCUCUACACAUCACACUCUCUUUCUCUCUCUACGUAACCCUUUCUUGUCCUAUAACGGUUGCUUAACACCUCUCCUAUAACCUCCAUUCUACCUUUCUUUCUUUCUUUCUCAUUCUCAACCUCUUCAAAUCUCACAGAUAGUAUUUUUCUCUCUAAUGGAUAGUCCUCAUUCACCUUCUUCUUGUUCUUCCUCCACCUCCUCGACUUGCUCAUGGGAGCCUCACGGCGGCGCCACCGACAGUCUUGAAUUGGACGAGCCGCGAACGCCGUUGGCCAUCCGGCGAGCCCUUCAGCUUCUUAACUCAGGUGAGCCGGAGCUGCGUGUCCAAGCCGCCCGUGACAUCCGGCGGCUCACGAAAACCUCCCAGCGCUGUCGGCGCCAGCUCUCUGAAGCCGUCGGUCCACUAGUUUCCAUGCUCCGAGUCGACUCGCCCGAGUCACACGAACCCGCUCUUCUUGCGUUGCUUAACCUUGCCGUCAAAGAUGAAAAGAAUAAAAUCAACAUUGUGGAGGCCGGUGCAUUAGAACCGAUAAUCAGCUUCCUCAAGUCACAAGAUCCAAAUCUGCAGGAGUCUGCAACUGCAUCUCUGCUCACACUAUCUGCUUCUUCAACCAACAAACCAAUUAUUAGUGCUUGCGGCGCCAUUCCUCUUCUUGCUGAGAUCCUCCGAAACGGAAGCCUGCAAGCUAAAGCUGAUGCAGUAAUGGCUCUCGCUAAUUUGUCAACACACCCUAAUAAUCUCAGCGUCAUUCUCGAAACAAAUCCAAUCCCUUUCAUAGUUGACCUCCUCAAAACCUGUAAAAAAUCCUCAAAAACGGCUGAAAAAUGCUGUGCUUUGAUAGAAGCAUUGGUUGAUAAUGACGAGUGCAGCAGAACUGCCCUCACAUCUGAAGAAGGCGGGAUUCUCGCGGUUGUGGAAGUUCUCGAAAGCGGCACUCUCCAAAGCCGGGAGCAUGUUGUUGGAGCACUAUUGACAAUGUGCCAGAAUGAUAGGUGUAAAUACAGGGAACCAAUUCUCAGAGAAGGUGUCAUUCCAGGGCUUCUUGAGCUCACUGUUCAGGGAACUCCAAAGUCUCAGAUAAAAGCGCGAACCCUUUUGCAGCUUCUCCGGGAGUCUCCUUAUCCAAGAUCUGAAGUUCAACCUGACACUCUUGAGAACCUAGUGUGCAACAUCAUAUCGCAGAUUGACGGGGACGAACAAUGUGGUAAAGCGAAGAAGAUGCUGUCUGAGAUGGUUCAAGUCAGCAUGGAACAGAGUUUAAGGCAUUUACAGCAGAGGGCUCUUGUGUGCACCCCAAGUGACUUGCCUAUAGCUGGUUGUGCUUCUGAAGUUCCUUCAAAAUGAUAACCUUUUCCUUUUCUUCCCUCACUUUUUUCUUUUCACUUUGAGCUUGUGAGAUAAAAUUUCCAUAGCAAAAAUGAAAAAAAGAAGGAAUAAUACAUACUGUAGUAUGCUAGUCCAGGCCGUUGUGGAGGUGUCGUGUGACUGGUAAUUUGUCAAUAAACUGAGUUGUGAGAGAUAAAGAACAUGGUUUUGCAGUUGUCUUGUAAAGAAACUGUUGUAUAAAAUGUCAUACAAGUAGUAAAGACUCUUUGUCCAA